GAAGAAGAAGAAGAAGAAACGUGCAGUUCCAGUGGAUAUUUGACAGACCGAGCUGCUGUUUGAGAGGAGCAUGAAGCUGCUGCGGGUGCACGGGCUGCUGCUGAUCCAGCGAGCGCACAAACACAGAGCGGCGCGGCUCUCCGAGAAGAAGCUGAGCCGCUGUUUCGUGGAUCAUCGCAGGGUGAAGGUCGUGGCGGGAUCGGGGGGCAGCGGGGCCUCCAGCUUCCACAGCGAGCCCCGGAAAGAGUGGGGUGGUCCAGACGGGGGAGACGGUGGUGCUGGAGGAGACAUCAUCAUCAAAGUGGACCGGCAGGUAAAAUCACUGUCCUCUGUGUCAGCGGUGUAUCGUGGAAAAGAUGGAGGAGCAGGAAGCAGCAAAAACUGCUUUGGACGCAAUGCCAGCCCCACCUACAUCUCAGUUCCUGUCGGCACGCUUGUCAAAGAGGAGGGCAGGACGCUGGCAGACCUUGCGCAGCACGGCCAGCUGUAUGCGGUUGCAUUCGGGGGUUCCGGGGGGAAGGGGAACCGCUUCUUCCUGUCCAAUGAGAACAGAGCGCCCCUGACAGCCACGCCGGGAGAGAAGGGCCAGGAGCGUGUGGUUCAGCUGGAGCUGCACACCAUGGCCCACGCUGCACUGGUUGGCUUUCCAAAUGCAGGCAAGUCGUCUCUGUUGCGUACGAUCUCUAAUGCACGGCCGGCUGUGGCGGCGUACCCUUUCACCACGCUCAAGCCUCAUGUGGGCAUCGUGAGAUACAGAGACCAUGAGCAGCUGGCAGUGGCUGAUAUUCCCGGGCUGAUUCCCGGCGCUCAUCUGAACCGUGGCCUUGGCAUCUCUUUCCUCAGGCACAUAGAGCGCUGCCGGGUUCUGCUGUUUGUGUUGGACAUGUCGUCUGCUGAGCCCUGGGAGCAGCUCCAGCAGCUGUGCUUCGAGCUGGACCAGUACAAUCCUCAGCUGUCCCACAGACCUCAUGCCAUUGUGGCCAACAAAAUGGACCUGCCGGAGGCCAGAAAGAAUCUGGAGGCUCUAAGGAGCCGCGUCCAUCAGACGGUCAUCCCUGUGUCUGCCCUGACCGGACACAACACCGCGCAGCUGAUCCUGCACCUCAGAGAGAUGUACGACAGCUACCCUACUCCUAGAUGAGGAUGCAGCCUUUUAAACUCCAUUUCCACUGAUGUAGUUGAGCCCUUCCAUUGGUUUCUGUUGGUGCACAAAAGUGGCCGUAACAGGAACAGAAUCAACAUGCAGACUAAUAUGAGGCUAUUAUUUGGAUCACAUGUCAAGUUACUUUACAUCCAGUAAUUCAGCUGUUGUCAUGAUGACAUGAAGCUGAUAAGCAGUGACUUUUUGCACUUUACACAAAGGUCCCAUAAAGGGAGGACGUAAGAGGUAAUGUACAGUUGUGUAGUCAGCCAGUCAUUACUGCAAAAUAGACCCUGAUCUUCUGCAUAUCUGGCUUUUGUCUCUCAGAAGUGGUUUAUUCUGCAGUGCAGUUGCUUCAGUUAGUGUGCAAAAAAGUAAGCUGAUUUAAGUAUCUAUAUUAAUGCAUUUGAGUUUUUCUUAAUAAAUUAUUAAAACUUA